AAACUCCGCAAUGCCCAGUCGCGCUCGCUCUAUACCGAACCCAUGCCUACGACAACGACUCCAGAUGCGGAUGCCAUCGCUGAUUGUGUCCUCUCAGCCUUUGACCAGCUCCCAGACAAACGCAAACCGCGGCCCCGCACCGAUGGCUCGAGGGAAUGGGUUCCACUCGCCGGAAUCGUCUUAUCUAAGGGCGAUAGGCUGUCAUGCGUCUCAUUAGGGACUGGUAUGAAAUGCCUCCCCUCCAACAGAUUGGCCCUCGCACAAGGGAACAUCUUACACGACUGGCAUGCCGAAGUACUCGCCAUACGAGCCUUCAACCGCUACUUACUGGACCAAUGCCUUCUGAUAUCUACCCCACCAUUCCCCGCCUCAGACUUCCUACGUCAGCGAUCAAGUCAAGAGCACUCUGAACUUGAGAGCCAACCAUUCGCCAUUCGAGAGGAUGUCUCCAUCCACAUGUACUGCUCCGAAGCACCUUGUGGUGAUGCCAGCAUGGAGCUAGUCAUGGACGCCCAAGAAGAUGCAACACCAUGGACGAGCGCCCCACCCACAGUGGUAAACGCCUCCUCUCCCAGCUCAGAUGCCCUCGAGGGAUCCGCACUCAGAGGCCGCUCCAACUUCUCCCUUCUCGGCGCCGUGCGGUGCAAACCCUCACGCCCAGACGCCCCACCAACACUCAGCAAAUCCUGCACAGACAAGCUCACGCUCAAACAAGCUGCCUCUCUGCUCUCCACCACAAACUCCCUCCUCAUAUCUCCAAGGAAUGCAUACAUACACUCCCUGGUCCUACCAACCUCUCAACUUGUACCCGCAGCCUGCGAACGUGCCUUUUCCCGCUUGGGACGCCUCAAAACUCUCACUGAUGACACGACUAACACUUGGCAAGGUGGGUAUGGCUUCCACCCCUUUAACGUCAGACCCUCGUCAAGGGAGUUUGCAUGGAGUCGCAGGAGCAUCGGACUGGGCGAGAAAGCUGUGCCCAGCAAUUUGAGCGCUGUCUGGACGCCUUCUUGGCAAGAGACGUUGAUCGGUGGUGUAUUACAGGGAAGGAAGCAGACGGACCCGAGGGGCGCAAGCCAGCUCUGUCGGAGAAGCAUGUGGAAGACAGCGGUGCAGGUUGCAGGCCUCGUGGGGAUGCCCCUGUUAAUCGAAGCAUUUGGAAAAGCAGCGUACAAGGAGAUGAAGGACGACACUGCAAUAGCUCACAGGAGACGAGUCAAAAACGACAUGAAGAUCGCGCUGAAAGGCUGGGUCGCAAACUCAGGAGAUGAAGCGUUUACUCUUGAAGACUCGAUGAAGUCUUGAUAUCCUCAAGGAGAAUUAAACAUCCUUUAACCCG